AUGGCCGAAGACAUCGUAACACGAGCGACACGAAAGAUGAAAGGUUUAACCAGACCCGGGGUAAAAGAACCGGACACCCAACCACAGACUCAAACGGCAACAGCGCAAUCAAUGUCACCUCAAGGACCGACGCAGACAACCGCAGGAGAGAACACGACAAACGAGUCAUCGGAGCACUUAAGUAAACGCUCCAACGAAGUCAUAGACCUCUCCCAAGUGGGCGUUGAUAAACGCACGCCUCCCCCUUCCCCCCACGCCCACGCCCCCGCCCCUCCAAAAGGGGCGUGCAAUUGA